AUGUCGUCCACAUCGACUACCACGACUCCGGUCAAAAAGGAGAAGGACUCGCCAAAACCACCCUCAAUCGUCACGAACUCGUCUCGCAUUCCUUCCACAUCGUUCUCAACAGCAACGUCGCUGUCCUCAAGCUUCGAGCCGCUCUCCUCCUCUGAAAUCCUCGAACGCAUCCCCAGCCCCGUCAUCCGACUCGUGGCCGCGCUAGGCCCUGCCAUCCAUGCAUUCCAUCGCUUCAUCCGUCUCGCUACCUGGACGGGCGGUAAGGGCUCCACCUCCUCUUCCGUACUGCUGCUUGUCUCGUUCUGGUUGAUGUGCGCUUUCGGCUACGAGCUCCUGCGCUAUGCGCCUCAACUCGUCAUCCUCGGCUGGAUCGGAUACUCUGGCGUUCGAAGGCAGCUCGCCUUUGCUCGCCCUCGAACACAUACUCCGGCCAAUCUCAUCGACAAGCACGACAAGGUGUCCGCAGCAACAAUCAAUGCGAGUCUGCUCGAGCUCUCCGAGCUUGCCGACUUCUUCUCGUCCUUGCGAAGAAAUGUGCUGGUGCCAGCUGUACAGCUCAUCUCGUGGGACCCGAGCCCUAUGAACACCAAGGCGGUGGCUGCGUUCUUGAUCCUCACCUGGCCACUAUGGCUGCUUGCAUUCCUGCCGCUGCGCGAAAACGGCUUCCCUAGCUUGGUGCUUCCCGUCUCUGGCGCUGGAAUCCUCGCGUUCAUCGGAAAAGUCGACGCCUUCGUCUUCCACCACAUUCUCAGGCUCGUAGGCGAAAACCGCGUAGCUCUCUUCCACACCAAAGCAGCUCCGAUCUACACUCAGUACAACAAUGUCUCGGGCUUUGUCGCAAAGACACCUCUUCCGAUCAUCUACGCACACCUUCGAGCCCUCGCCGCCCGCGUGCGAUGGGAGCAACUGACCAACUUCAACAUCACGCUCCUUCCUCCCUACCCUAUCGGUGCGCUCACCAUGCGCAGUCUGGUUUGCCUUGUCGGCACUCUCGCGCUCACUUGGUGCUCUCCCUGGUGUACCCUUUAUCGCCAAGCCGUGUGGAAGAGUGCUACCAUCCGCCGCAUCGUCCGCGGCACCGGUCGUCUGCUCAGCGGUCAGCUCUCGGUCCGCGAUGCAUACGGCAAAGGCAACCUCGACGAUGAAUGGGCUCACGGUCUCUACCACGACGACGGCUCCGAGCUUCUCAGCGCCAGCAAGGUCAAGAAGGAGCCCACUUCCACCAAAGAAGAGUUCGUUCGCCACGAGGACGUCGUCUACCAAUUCUCCAUCUUCGAGAACCAGCGUUGGUGGGUGGGGCUCGAUUGGACUGCCGCGUUGCUUCCCCAAGAACGCCCGUCGUGGUCCGACGAGGCAAACAAUCCCGUCUCGCCACCUUCUUCGUUCAGCUUGCCUGCCACCAAGAUCAUGCUUACGCCCGCACCCACCGCCUCGGACCCGAAAGCCUUCACCCGCCGCACGAUCAAAUGGCAGUGGGUGGACCCCGAAUGGUCGAUCGCCGGCGUCUCCUCGCGUGGCUACUACCCGUCUUCGACCGUCUACAAGGGCAGUGCGAAGGAUGCGGCGAUCAAAUCGGCCAGCGUGCUCGGCGACAAGGACGCAGUGGCGGCGGCAAAACAGGGCUACCUCGGUGACGCACUCAAUCGCAUCCGCGCCCGAACCUCGGGUGCUGAGAAGCAAGUCGAUGAGGAUGCAGUGAGCGAUGUGGGAACCACCGCACAUCGCGUCGGGGGCGACGACGAGCAGGACUGGGACGUUGACACCGAGGGCUGGCAGUACGGCGACAAUGCGUGGGACAAAAUGAGCAAGAAGUCUGGCAUGGGGAGGUACACGAGGCGGAGGAAGUGGGUCCGACGCGCGGUGCUGCUCGAGGUCGUCGAGUACGGCGUACACGGUCCCAGCCCUAGCCCUGCUGCCUCGCCUUCGCCUUCGGGUACGGCGGUGAAGAAGGAGGAGGCCGAGGUGGAGGACACCAAGGUCGACGGCGUCGAUUCGGCUGUGACGCCCAAGGUGGAUACGGACGUGGAAACGGCUACCACGACCGAUUCGGGCGAACUGGAUGCUUCGCCGUCCAAAGCUGCCCUGGCAGCGAAGAGACCGAGCAUCUCGGAUCGACUCGCAAAGGCGGCUGGUUGA